UUUCACUUUUUAAGGGUUUCUUCGUUAAACCCAAAGUACCCAACUACAGCAGAUGGCCUCACUCGCCAACACAACCGCAGGUGCCGUUGCCGGCGCCCGGAAAAUUUCCAACGGAAAACCUAUUCCCAUCAUUUCUUCCAAAUCCCUCUCCUUUCCCUCUUUCAGGCCUUUCAUUUCCUCACUGAAACCCUUAAUCCCCACCAAAUUCUCCUCUCUUUCCCCUCUCCAAUGCUCCCCUAAUCCCUCCCCUUCUACCUCCCCGCCUUCCCUCAAAUCUCGCCUCCGCAACGGCGAAACCCUCUACGGCAUCUUCCUCCUCUCAUUCUCCCCCACUUUGGCUGAGAUCGUCGCCUUCUCUGGCUACGACUUCGUAGUCAUCGACAUGGAACACGGCCCCGGGGGAAUCCAUGAGUCCCUCCAAAUGCUCCGCGCUGUCGCCACGACCAACACCCCAGCCAUCAUCCGCCUCCCUGAGUCCUCCGCAGUUUGGGCCAAAAAAGCCCUUGACCUUGGUCCACAAGGGAUCAUGUUUCCAAUGAUCGACUCCCCUAAAGACGCUAGAAAGGCGGUGUCGUAUUGCCGUUUCCCUCCCAACGGAAUCCGUGGAUCCGCUCACACGGUGGUGAGAGCUUCGAACUACGGAAUCAACGAAGGGUAUCUGAGCAACUACAAGGAGGAUCUGUUAAUAAUGUGCCAAGUCGAGACGGUAGAUGGUGUAAAAAAUGUGGAAGAAAUCGCCGCCGUUGAAGGGGUAGACUGUAUUCAAAUGGGUCCGUUGGAUUUAAGUGCUAGCCUGGGUUACCUCUGGGACCCGGGUCACAAGAAGGUAAGGGAGAUGUUGAGGACGGCGGAGAGAGAAGUGCUUAAGUCCGACCGGAAAGACGGCGGAGCCUUCUUGGCCGGUUUCGCAAUGCCACAUGAUCCGCCGGAGGCGCUCGGGAAGCGCGGGUAUCAUAUGGUUUCCGGUGCCGUUGAUGUUGGGUUGUUCAGAAAUGCGGCGGUGGAGGAUGUUAGGAAGUUUAAGAUUAGUCUCAAUGCUGAUUCUGAUUAUUCCGAUGAUGAUAAAGAUUCCGAUGAGAAGUAUUGGAGUGAAUAAAAAAUAUAGAUAGAAAAUUUCAUUUUGGUUUGCUGUUUGCGUUUAUCGUUUGGUUGCAAUCCUUUUUGUAAAUGUAGUUGAACGGGUUGGUUUCUUAGAGGGCAAUGAAAUCGAGUUCCAAUUCAGUUCUUCAAUUUAUCUAUGAGACUUCAACCAUGUUUUGAGUUC